GCCUGUCAUUCUGCAAAAACACAGUUUACUCAACACACCACACACACACUCGCACACACACGCGCGCACACACACGCGCACCCUGGCCCCCGCGCGCACCCGAAACGGAGGGCGCGAGCGAGCAGACGCGCACACCCGGCGAGCCAAGUUCCGCAGCCUGGCAUGGCUUCUGGGGACCUUUACGAGGUCGAAAGGAUUGUAGACAAGAGGAAGAAUAAGAAAGGAAAAUGGGAGUAUCUCAUCCGAUGGAAAGGCUAUGGGAGCACGGAGGACACGUGGGAGCCCGAGCACCACCUCUUGCACUGUGAGGAGUUCAUAGAUGAAUUCAAUGGGCUGCACGUGUCCAAGGACAAGAGGCUGAAAACAGGGAAGCAGUCCGGUGCCUCCAAGCUCCUGCGUGACGGUCGUGGCCCAUCAGUGGAGAAGCUCUCCCACAGACCUUCUGAGCCUGGGAAAAGCAAAGGGACUUCCCAUAAACGGAAGCGAAUCAACCCUCCCCUGUCCAAGCCAAAAAAAGGGUAUUCAGGCAAGCCCCCUGCGGGAGGUGACAGAGCCGCCAAGACGGUGUCUUACAGGACUACCCCCAGUGGUUUGCAAAUAAUGCCCCUGAAAAAGGCUCAGAAUGGGAUGGAAAAUGGGGAUGCUGGCUCCGAGAAAGACGAGGGGCACUUUGGAAAUGGAUCACAUCAGCCUGGCCUGGAUUUGAACGACCACAUUGGAGAGCAAGACGUGGGUGAAUGUGAUGUGAACCAUGCAGCACUGGUGGAAAACGGGCUCGGCUCUGCACUCACCAACGGGGGAUUGAACCAGCACAGCCCUGUGAAGAGGAAGCUGGAGGCGGAGAAGGACUACGUCUUUGACAAGAGGCUCAGGUACAGCGUCCGCCAGAAUGAGAGUAACUGUCGGUUUCGAGACAUUGUCGUGCGGAAGGAAGAGGGGUUCACGCACAUCCUGCUGUCCAGUCAGACCUCGGAUAACAAUGCACUGACCCCCGAGAUCAUGAAGGAAGUCCGGCGAGCACUCUGCAAUGCAGCCACAGAUGACAGUAAACUGCUGCUCCUCAGUGCCGUGGGGAGUGUGUUCUGCAGUGGCCUGGAUUAUUCCUACCUAAUUGGCCGGUUGUCCAGUGACCGGCGAAAGGAGAGUACUCGGAUUGCAGAAGCCAUCAGGGACUUCGUGAAGGCCUUCAUCCAGUUUAAGAAACCCAUUGUGGUGGCCAUCAACGGGCCUGCCCUGGGCCUGGGUGCUUCCAUCCUGCCCCUCUGCGACAUCGUGUGGGCCAGUGAGAAGGCCUGGUUUCAGACGCCUUACGCCACCAUCCGCCUCACGCCUGCUGGCUGCUCCUCGUACACCUUCCCUCAGAUCCUGGGGGUCGCACUGGCUAAUGAGAUGCUGUUCUGCGGGCGGAAGCUCACUGCCCAGGAGGCAUGCAGCAGAGGACUGGUGUCCCAGGUAUUCUGGCCCACCACGUUCAGCCAGGAGGUCAUGUUGCGGGUCAAGGAGAUGGCAUCCUGCAGCGCUGUGGUGUUAGAGGAGUCCAAAUGCCUCGUCCGGAGCUUCCUGAAAUCGGUGCUUGAAGACGUGAACGAGAAAGAAUGCGUCAUGCUCAAACAACUCUGGAGCUCCUCCAAAGGCCUGGAUUCCCUGUUCAGCUACCUGCAGGACAAGAUUUAUGAAGUCUGAAGGCCCCAGCUCACAUGCACCCGUGCUCAGGGGCGCCUGACUUCCAGCUCCACCCUGUGUUUCGGAAAUUGGAGCACAGUGCCUGUUCCGGCCAAGGAGUUUAUCUAGGUGUCUCUUUAUACCUAGGGUUGUGUCCAUUCCCUCGUGUCCUUUGGUUGCUCUUCAUUGGUUUGAUUUUGUGUAACAGAUGGGAAAUGUGGCAUACUUGGCCUCCCCCAUGUCCCCACCCCGGCUGGCCAGAGGGCUCUUGAGGGCUUUAUCUUCCCAGGGUCCUGCUGGCCUUUCCCUACUUGCUGAAAUGCACCAUUGUGGUCCAGGAAGGGGAAGACCUCUUUCCCCCAUCCUUCUGACUCAGGCUGUGUCUACACAGUGCCUCUGAUUUGGAGAUGUGGCUGUCAUGGCUCUCUCUGGUUAGGUUCAGAUCAUGUGCCAAGGGACGAUCCAUCCUAGGGAAUUUCCAGACCAAUGAGCAAAAUGUUUGUGUAGAC